UCACAAACUCUAAAUCGAGGGAAUAAAAGUCUCAGCUCCUCGAUAUUCAGAAACUAGUUGUGAUUCAACCUUUGCGAUCAACGUGAUUAAAUGAUGGCAGAGAAAAACAGCCCAAACAUCGAGGCGCAAGUCUUAGCUGCAAAUUUCUUUGCAACGAAAGAGAAAGAUAAUCGGCUCGGACGGUAUUUGAAGGUCGGGAUACUGGUGGCCCUGGUGGCAGUUUUGCUGCUGUUCGCUGCGUUUGGCGUUCGCUACUACUGGAAACAGAAGGCGAGCAAGGUUUAUGACAUAACGUACCGAAUAAACAUCGAUGGUACCAUCAAAGAGAGCUUAAUGAAGAUCGAUGCUAUCAGUGGGUUUGAGACCUUCAUCACAGGAAAUGGCAGCGAUGAAUCUGUGGAAAUCCAUGAUUUUAAAACUGGACUAACAGGGAUACGGUUCGCUGGAGGAGAAAAAUGCUACAUUAAAAGCCAAAACAAAAUAAUUCUUCCCAAUGUUAUGCCCAUCAAGACUGAAGAAGAAUUGAUUAACCUGCAAGAUGAAAUUAUGCCAGUGAAGUUUGAUGAGUCUCUUGUUUGGGUGGCAGCUGAACAUCCAAUUAAGGACCAACAUUUCCUGCUGAAUUCAAAAGUCCUCGAAGUGUGUGGCAAUCGUCCUAUUUAUUGGCUCCAUCCAAUAUACUUGAAAGAUACAGAAUUUUAUGAUUUUGGAGAGCCUGAGGAAGCUGAAGAAGAUGCACAUUCGGAUGAGUUGAAAAACAAACCCAAUGGAAGGCGCUCAGCACGCGACGUAAACGAUUACCGGGCGAACGGGGCCUAUUUCGAUCCUUUACUUGAUCACUAUGGAUACUGCUGUAUCGAAUGCCGCCGUGGACACCAGCAUUGCCAACGGGUCUGUGAGCCUCUCGGUGGCUACAUGCCCUACCCUUACAAUUACAGAGGUUGUCGUGUUAUCUGUCGGGUUAUCAUGCCAUGCAACUGGUGGGUUGCACGCAUGCUUGGGAGGGUUUGAAAAGAGUUCUCUGCAGUUACUGAACCAGUACCCAAAGUCCCUGUCCAUCACAUUUGAUUUUCUCACCUCUAAAAUAACCACCGCAAUGGCAUCCACUGAUUGACAAUUUUUAAAUGAUUCAUUUGAUGUUCCGAAGAAAAGUUCAAAUGUCAUAGAAACAUAGAAAUUAGGUGCAGGAGUAGGCCAUUCUGCCCUUCGAGCCAGCACCGCCAUUCAAUAUUCUCAUGACUGAUCAUCCAAAAUCAGUACUCCUCCGUUCCUGCUUUCUCCCCAUAUCCCUUGAUUCCAUUAGCCCUAAGGGCUAUAUCUAUCUCUCUCUUCAAUACAGUGAAUUGGCCUCCACUGACUUCUGUGGCAGAGAAUUCCACAGAGGAUGGCUGACUUUUUUGUUAGUAAGUUUCUAUCAGAAGUUCCUCUAAGUUUAUUGAAAAUAAGAAAAGAUAAUAAUAUCCUUGGAACUUCAUUCGAGUAACUGCCUGUAGAUCUGUGAUAUUCCAUUCAUAUUGUGGGGCCAUGGUUUAAGAUUGACCAGUAAAUCCCAAGAUUGUGGCCCUAACGCCAUUUUCACUCAACCAAUUUCUGGCCCAGAAACACUAGUCCUUCCUUUAUAAUUACACUUUUAUUGUAAACUUUUGGACUUUCCAAAAAUAUUAAAAUGGCAAUCUAGCUUUAGAAUACAUGACAAAAACACAUCACACUUCCCAAAUAGAAAAAAUCACGUUGGUCAAUAGAAAAUCAAGGUUUCAAUUUAAAAAAAUCAUGUUUUCUUCCAAUAAUAAAUGUUGCCAUAUUAAUCAAAGAAUUAUUCAUGAUGCCCCACAGCUGGAUCAGCAGAAGAAAGAAAAAUCCUUUAUUGAGAUUUGCAUAUUUAUAUUGAUCAUUUCUGCACCAUUUAGUAUUUUAUUUCUAGAUAAAUCUUGUUCACUGUGGCUUGCUUAAGAAAAUUAUCUGUGAGUUGGCUGCACUUCCAUACCACAAACAUUGUUGUAUUUCAUACACCUUUUAUAUAUUAAAGGAAUCUAUUAUUUUAGAAAUAUAUUAUACUUAAACCAGGUCUUUUACUUCUACAAAAUUAAUAAACAUAUCUUGUUAUAAAAACUAAGACCAAAUUUAGUUUCUCAUUCCUUGUGUGCUCCAUGGUCUGUAUUUCCUGAACAUAAUCAGCCCCUGUUUUGAACAAAGAAGGCAAAGGAGUUAUAUUUUAUACUUUUAAUGGGACAUACUUAGGCACACAUGCCUGUGCUUUAGCACUAAGAUAAUACAUUUUGCAUUACUUGCAGGGCAAUGAUAAAACCUGCUCUGGGACAAUCUUCUAUAGGAUGGGCCACAUGUUUGACACCCCCACCUGAUACUACUUGCUAUACAAUGUACAUGAAUUUAAUACAUUUCUUUUGCUGGUAUUUUGAUCUUAUUUUUAUUGAUUUAUGGCCUCUAUCAGACGCAAGAUCAUAUAUCACGCAGAAUUAAACUGGAAUAAGAAACACCUGUCCAGAAACCCAUUCCAACCCAGCCCAAUCUUGCACAAAUCCAUUUAAAUGGAUAGAAUGUGCUUGUUGUACACCACACCAAUGUUUCUGCCAUGGUCCCUGCAGGUAUCCAAACUGAAUUAAAUAAAAAAUGCUUUUAAAACCAGGUAGAGUAAUUCUUCCAAAGUAAAGACCAGAGUAUCCUUAUGUGCUAACUCCAAUGACGAACAGGUAUGUAGGUUAAUUGGCUCGGUAAAUGUAAAAAUUGUCCUUAGUGUGUGUAGGAUAGUGUUAAUGUGCGGUGCUCACUGGUCGGCACUAAAUCAGUGGGCCAAAGACACAUUGCUAACUGGACUAAACUAAAACAAUGCUGUAAAAGAGCAGUGAUUUGUGGAUAACUAACGGUGCUAUUUGUAAUUUAAUUUGAUCUUUGUACAAGUGGCAUCUUCUGCAGAAGCACGAGAAUAUUUGGCUCAGUUUAUGCAAUGCUGAAAAAUGUCACUUAUGUUGGCUAAAGGCCCAUUUUCAGAUUAGUUUGUGUGUAGUUUAGAAUGCUGCAAAUCUCAGUGGGUUAUGCCAAUGGCUGGUUUGAACUUGGAAUCAGUUUAAGUUGCAUAACUCCACUAAUUGAAAAUGUCAGUGUUUCUCCAAGAGAAGCAUGCUAUUGGCCAUUUCUGGGUUGUUUCACGUCAUUCAGAAAUUUUGACUGGCAUUUCCUGUUGUAAUAUGAUUCUAACUCGGUUUCCAUUUUGAAGUCCAUUGAGUGUCGUUAUUCUCCGGCCAAUGCUACUUCACAGGACAUUGGAUGGACAUAAAUAUCCAGGUCUUUAGGCCAUACCAACCUAAUAAUAACACAACACCAACUCCCAUCUUGUAGUUCCUUGUUUUACCAACACAUAUUUCAUCUUCUGAAGCCCGAUCAACCCGUCCAAAGACAGCUAUUUCCCCUCAACCAAUCGCUUCACCCACAAUGAUGGCAGUUUCAGUCCCCAUAAUGAUUUCCAUUAUCUCCAACACCAACCUCCACCCCACACACCUCACCAUUUCCACCACUCAACGACAACUCUUGGCCUCCAAUUUCCCUCACCUCUCCCCCCAAUGUAUUAGACUUUGGUUCAGUCCCUCCCAUUCUCUCUCUCCCUUCUUCACUUCCAUCACAGGCUCCUGUACAUUUAUGUUAUGAAAGUGUGUGACACCCUUAGUUUGUUGUGACUGCUGCUGUGUGUCGGUGAGAUAAAACAUUCACUGCUGCCCAUUCCCAUUCCCAUUACCAUUCCCACUCGCUCUGCCCUUCACUCACACUGACCACGCCACACAUCACAACACCAGACCACAGCCUCUCUAAUGUGCGCUAAGGGGAACAAUAGCAUUUCCAGGCAACAAUAGAACAGUAGAACAGCCAGAGAUUUGAAACAGAAUCAGGUCUGUCCCUACCCAGAUUUCUAUUCACUGCAGGUGCUGCCAUUGUUAAAAUUUGAUAUCAGGUACCUGAAAGAUUCCAUUUCACUGGUAGACACAUUGCUAACUGGACCUAAGAACUCCAAGCCAAACCAAGUUGAGAAAAUAAAUGAAUAGAUUUGAUGUAAAGUUACUCAGUGCUAGAAUCUCAAGCAGCGAAAUACAUAUCUGGAUUUGUAGGGUCCAAAAACAUAAAUACUUAUCUCCUUCCAACACCCUGUGAAGUAGUAUUGGCCUGGGAAAUAUGGCAUUCUGUGAACUUCUGUCAUGGAAAUUGAAUUGGGAUCCGGAUUUCAACAGGAUAUGCCUGUCAACAUUUCUGAAUGAUGUAAAGCAAUCCAGAAAUGGCAAAUGACAUUAAACAUUACUCAGCAACAAUUUCAUCUGAUGAACACCUGCCGAACUCAGUGACUGCGACUUAAUGCGACUCGAUUUAGCCAAGUUUAAUUUGUAUUUUAAACCAGAUAUUACUCAGAUUUGGAUGCUUUCUUCCACAGAUUUCCAUAUAUACAGUACAGAUUUUAUUCGAUUGGCAGUAUUUCCCUUCAUCUUUUUUAUAUAUGUUCUCUUCUCAGCCAUCACACAUAUCACAGGACUUUAUUUCUCAUCUAAUGCUCCUCCACACUACUUUUGGUUCUUGCUGCCGUCAACUUUGAUGGAAAAGGGAAAUUAACUGGUGUGUAGGAUGGAGUAACUUCUUUCAUUGCUUAGGGUGGAGCUAUAAUGAUUAUGAUAAAUGAUAUUAAAACAUUUAUUACCAUUAUUGUUUAUAGUUAUUGCAUGGUUUAAUAAAAGGUUUGUCACAAA